AUGGCCCCUGGCAUCCCAGUGACAAAAGGUCUGGCUGACCUUCUCGCAGACAGGAGCCCGUGGACCCCGCAAACGGGCGCGAGGAAGCGGCCUGGGGACGACCAGGCCUCCGGGACCCCGCACCCCAGAGCGGGGGUGGGGCGCGGGCCCAGCGGGCUCCGGGGGGCCGGGCCACGCACACGGGCGGGACGGGGUCGCCAGCUCCCAGGUCUCCCUUCCGGGUGUGGCGCGGCCCGUUCCGCCCCGAAGCUCUGGGCGCACCGGAGCCAAGGGAAGGGCGGGCCCCGGCCAACACUCCCGGGACCUCCGGGAGCUGGCCCGCUGACCUUGGAGAAGCGCCCCGGACUCGACCUCCCGUGCAGCUCGGCAAGAGCAGCAGUUCCCGGGCUCUCCGGCCGAGCCUUCCCGAGGGCGCGUCCCCGGAACCGGCGAAAGCGCGUCCCCCGCCGCCGUUUACCUGAGGGGCCGCCGCCACCGCGGCCCGGGCGCCGCCCUCCCGGACCGGAGUGGGCGGGCCUCUCCCAGCGCUCUGGCCAACCGCGACGUGGCGCGCGGCAACCUGCUCCCGCCCUCGCGCGAUCUCUGCUCUCAUUGGCCGAAGUCACAUCCCUCACGCUAGCCGCCCCCCCGAGCCCCGCCCCCAGGCGUGACGUCGCUCCUCCGGGCCGUCUCGUGACUGGCAUACCUGACUGUUGCGGCCGCCGCGCCGCCGAGGGGCGCCGUCCGCGCGGGCGCCGUCCCACGCCGCGUUCGCGCCCGGCGCGGGUCCCGUCCCACCUGGGCUCUCCCCGGGAGUUCGGGGCCUGUGCUUGUUCCCCGCGCCCCGAAGGGGGCAGGCUGGGCGCGUCGUGGCGCUCAAACGCGCGCGAGACGAUAGGUCCGCGCGCACGCGUGCCCGAGCUGUACGCCGGGGGCGACGUGGUCACGUUCCCAGGCGAACCCCGGGACCCCCGGGACCCCACAACUCCCAUCACCCCAGGACCCCCAUCGCCCCCGGCACCCCACAACUCCCAUCACCCCAGGACCCCCAUCACCCCACAACUCCCAUCACCCCAGGACCCCCGGCACCCCAGGAUCCCCAUCACCCCAGGACCCCCGGCACCCCAGGAUCCCCAUCACCCCAGGACCCCCGGCACCCCAGGAUCCCCAUCACCCCAGGACCCCCGGCACCCCAGGAUCCCCAUCACCCCAGGACCCCCGGCACCCCAGGAUCCCCAUCACCCCAGGACCCCCGGCACCCCAGGAUACCCAUCACCCCAGGACCCCCGGCACCCCAGGAUCCCCAUCACCCCAGGACCCCCGGCACCCCAGGAUCCCCAUCACCCCAGGACCCCCAUCAUCCCAGGACCCCCGGCACCCCAGGAUCCCCGGCACCCCAGGACCCCCGGCACCCCAGGAUCCCCAUCACCCCAGGACCCCCGGCACCCCAGGACCCCCGGCACCACAGGAACCCAGGCACCCCGGGACCCCCGGCACCCCAGGAACCCCGGCACCCCGGGACCCCCAUCAUCCCACAACUCCCAUCACCCCAGGACCCCCCAUCACCCCACAACUCCCAUCACCCCAGGACCCCCAUCACCCCAGGCACCCCAGAACUCCCAUCACCCCAGGAUCCCCAUCACCCCAGGACCCCCGGCACCCCAGGAUCCCCAUCACCCCAGGACCCCCAUCAUCCCAGGACCCCCAUCAUCCCAGGACCCCCGGCACCCCAGGAUCCCCGGCACCCCAGGAACCCUUGGACCCCCGGCACCCCAGGAACCCCGGCACCCCGGGACCCCCAUCACCCCACAACUCCCAUCACCCCAGGACCCCCAUCACCCCAGGCACCCCAGAACUCCCAUCACCCCAGGAUCCCCAUCACUCCAGGACCCCAGGCAUCCCAAGAUCCCCAGGACUCCAGGAACCCCAGCACCCAAGACCCCCAUCACCCCAGGAUCCCUGGGACUCCAGAACCCCCAUCACCCUCAGGAUCCCCGGGACCCCAGGACCCCCAUCACCCUCAGGAUCCCCAUCACCUCAGGACCCCUGUCACCCCAGGAUCCCCGGGACCCCAGGAUCCCUGGGACCCCAGGACCCCCGUCACCCCCAGGUGAACACUGGGUACCCCAGGACCCCCAGCACCCCAGGACCACCAGGACCCCCAGCACCCCCAGGAUCCCCAUCACCCCCAGGCUAGCGCAGGACACCUCAGAAUCCCUGCAUUAG